ACCGUAGGCUGGGUAGGUCCGAAACUACCUAUUCUCAUGGUAUAAGAGUUGGAUGCAUUGCACGUAUUGGAGUCCAUCAACACACCAUCAAACAUCAUUCAAUCACAAGCAACUCUUAAGUAGCUUCUUACUACCACAAACACUUUCAUCAACAUCAAUAACAACAACUACCACCAAAUCAACCAUCCAUCAUGCCUCUUAUGCGCCGCUCCGCUCCCCGCACUACUCGUGCCCACCACACUACUGCUCCCCGUGCUACACGGGCAACCCGCACCACCGCUCGUCCUAGCCUCAAGACCCGACUCCUAGGCCCCAAGCGCACUACAGCUCGUCGUACUCCCGCUACGACAACCACUACAACCACCACCACGAGGACUACCCGCACCUCGGGUGCUCACCACGGUACUGCUGCCGGUGGAGUCCACCACCAUAAGCGCCAUGCCACCGUUGGCGACAAGGUCAGCGGCGCGCUGAUGAAGUUGAGGGGAAGCCUUACCAGGAGGCCUGGAUUGAAGGCUGCUGGAACCCGCCGCAUGCACGGCACUGAUGGCCGCAAUGCUCGCCGCGUCUAAGAGACGUGGACGCAGACCGGACAUGAUUGUAUAAAUGGCAUUUUCCCUUUGUUAGUCUGACAGCGUGGUUUUGCGCUGGCUGGAGUGUACGAUACGAUCGACGAUACCCUACGAUCUCUGAGCGUUUAGUAGUGCGUGU